CUCAGUGAAGAGGUCAGAUAUUUUCUCGUGUGUCAGUCCAGUCUGAGUAUCGCUGUGAACAGAGAUGGACAGAAGUCCAGACACUCGUGUCACGAUCUGAAGCAGCAUCUCACUCUUCUGCUGGGAUUGGGCUCUUCUGGAAACUGGAUAUUAGAGAAAUGAUGCCCCUCUUUGCACUGAUGCUGAUGCUGACGCAAACUGCUGAAUGUCUCUGCUGGUUAAAUCAGACUGAUCCCUGUUACGCAGCUCUGGGACACAAACUCAAUCUGGUGAUGGUGCUGGACGCUAGUAAAUAUGACAUGAAGAUACGAAAGAGAAUACACAACAACAACACAAAUGAUCCAGUUUGUAGAGUAAAAUAUGGCAGAAUGAAGGAUUGUGAUCUUUAUAGUAACAGACCUGAAGUUACAGUAAUUAAUGGGACACUGAUAAUAAACCGUGUGAUCAGAGCAGAUUCAGGGAAUUACACAUUAACACUCAAUCAUCGCUCAGACGGCACAGAAACAUCUACAGAUCUUCAAGUGAACGUUGAAGCUCCUGUUGGCUCAGUGGAAGUGUCAAUCAGCUGCUCCUCCAGUGGGGCGAUGAGGGCGUCCUGCUCCUCUGAGGGCGAUCAGCUCCUCUACAGCUGGACUCUUAAUGGAGAUCCACUGAUGGAUGGAAACUCCAGCAUUGAUCUGCAUGAGGGAACUGAUGGAAACAUCACCUGCAGUGUGAAGAACCACGUCAGUCACGGACAGACGACCAUUAGUCUGAAACCCUGUUCUGUUUUACAUGUCUCUCUGAUUGCUUUGGGCUGCGUUGCGCUGAUCCUGAUUCUGCUGUUCAUCCCUGUAUAUCACACUUACAAGAAAAAACAGGUCAAGUCGACAGCUGCCGCUGCCAAUGCAGAUGUCAUAUAUGCUUAUAUCUCUCAUAAGAAAAAGGGUGAAAAGAAGAAAACAGAAUCACUCCCGACUGCUGAUGUGGAAUACGUAGAGGUCAAACCGCAGAAAAAGAGGAAGGAGAGGAAAGAGAAGAAGGACGAAGAAGUUCAGUACGGCGAGGUGAUGUUCACUCUGAACCGCUCAAACACUCACCUGCAGCCUCAGCAUGAGUGUAUUUAUUCUCAGGUACACACUUGUAACAUCGCACUUUCCCUGGGAAAUUAAGUGUGUAUAUUCACUUAUGUUUCACUUUGGGAGUUGUACAGUUUACAUAAAGCACAUAUCUCUUUGCAUAUGCACUGUGAAUUAUUUUGUCUAACAAGUUAAUGAUGGUACUGUAGGAAGGUAGAGCGUGAGCUUUAAAGGGAUAGUUCACCCAAAAAAGGAGCUUACGCUACGCCUACGUCAUCCGCUGGAACGCGCGUACGACAGAUUACGUAAGAGAUUAUGGUCUAUGAAGUUUUAAAUAUGGAUAUUUUUCUUACACAAACGUAUUUAUUCACUUCGGAAGGCCGUUAUUAACCCCCCAGAGCUGUGUGGAGCACUUUUUAUGAUGGAUGGAUGCACUUUACUGGGCUUCAAAAUCUCAACACCCAUUCACUGUCAUUAUAAAGAUGGGACGAGCCAGGACUUUUUUUUUUACUUAGCUCCUAUUGUCUUUGUUUGAAAGAAGAAAGUCAUAUACACCGAUGGGUUGAGGGUGAGUAAAUCAUGAGGUAAUAUUUUCAUUUUUGGGUGAACUAUCCCUUUAACGUAUGCGUCUGAGCUGAACUGUGAGAUGUUGAGUAAGCGAGACAAUGAAAAAAAAAAGGAAACUAAAUGCAUGUUAUUUUCCAUCAGACAAGCACUACUGUUUUUAGUGCUUCUCAUGUUGUUCUGCUGGCAGCUCUGACGAUAUGAUGGCGAGAAAAAGCUUAAGUGAAAGUCAGCUUUUAAUCAUGAAGAAAUUCAUGCUCAAAAGUCAUGAAAACACAGCAAUCGGGUGAUUUUGAAUUAAUAAAACAUUUCAAAGCAAUGAAAAUGCAUAAAAUCUGUAGAAUGUAGCUAUAUUAUCAUCCAGCUGUAAUCUGCUAAAUGCGACAUGAAGAUAUAAAGCUAUUAUAAACAUUAAAAUCAUGAUUUUCCGUAAACUGUUUUGAAACAAUGUGUAUGGUUGGUCAAAAGUGCUAUGUAAAUGAAACUGACUUAAUAAAGUUAUUAGAGUGAGUAUUAA